AUGGUCAUGCUCAGUUUGGAAGAUAACUUUUCGCUAAAUGCAUACCUUCCAGGUGAUAUCAUUAUUGGCGGACUUUUCCCACUUCACUUGCAAACUAACAGAACAACAAUACCUGAACCUGUCUCCUGCAGCCACUACAGCUACCAAAUAUUUCUCCAAACUCAAGUGAUGAUUUAUGCAAUUAGAGAAGUGAACCAACGCACACCUAGGCUUCUCUCUAACAUCACCCUGGGAUACCACAUCUACGAUACAUGCGGAGAUGUCAGCUUGGCCAUCAGAGCAGCUCUUGAGCUUGUAAAGGACUGGUCAGACCCUGAAACAUGUUCAACAAAUGCUCAGUUUGGGCCGCCUAAAUUGAUGGCAGUGGUUGGUGAGCGGUUCUCUGAAGUCUCAAUUGCAGUGUCACGGAUUCUCGCUCUGUCAUCGAUUCCCCAGAUAAGCUAUGCAUCAACCAGUGAGCUGCUGAGCAGGAAGUUGAAGUUCCCCACUUUUCUACGAACAAUAUCCAGUGAUGAAUAUCAGACAAAGGCCAUUGCUGAGCUUGUGAAGCAGUUCAACUGGAAAUCGGUGGCCAUCAUAGGAAGUGAUGAUGAGUAUGGGAAGUACGGCAGUGAUCGCCUUUCAUAUCAUUUCAGAAAGACGAAAGACAUUUGUAUUGAAUUUAUCGAAAUUCUGCCGGGUUAUUUUUCCCAAAACAAUUCCAAAACCCACAAAAGGCUGUCGGAGCUUGUGGAAAAGGUGAAUAAAUCCAUCGCUGAGGCCAUUGUGAUUUUCACCAAAGGGAGCAAUGUUGAUAUUAUAAUGGAAGCUGCUAUUAAACAUAAAGUGGACAGAACAUGGAUUGCAAGUGAUUCCUGGUCCACCUCAUCAACAUUAGCUUCUUUGCCUGGUAUCGAGCUGGCCGGGCAAGUAUUUGGUUUUAACUCCCAAAGGAAUACUGUGCCCGGAUUUAAGGACUAUAUUAUUUCCAGGUUUAACGGAACAACAAACGCUAUCCUUGAUUAUCACCUGACUCAUUACCCACUUUGUUCAAAUUGGUCGGGGGAAGACAGAGAUGUCAAUUGCACAUUAAGAAAUAGCAUAAAGGAGAAAGGUCAAUGUGUGGACAUAAAAUGCUUGGCCAGUCAUAUGGAUGAGGAUGAGACUUAUAACAUCUACUUAGCUGUGCAAGUCAUCGUUGAGGGGAUCAGACGCUUGCUGAGAUGUGACCAUCAAAAGUGUGAAAAACCUGCUAAAUUCACAGCCUUGGAGCUUCUCAUGGAAAUAAAGAAGGUCAAUUUCACUGUGGACACCACCAAUUUAUUCUUUGAUUCUAAUGGUGACCCCAGUCUAGGAUAUGACAUUUUAUAUUGGGACACUGCGGCAAAAAAACAACAUGAAGUUAUCAAAAUCAUUGGAGAAUACUGGCCAAAUGGAAAAAUUAAAGUCCCACAGGACAUUGUGCAAAAAAUGCAGAGUGUGAAGCUGACAGUUUACAAUUGCUCCAAAACCUGCAAACCUGGACAAGAAUUAAAGAAGCAGAAUGUACACUUGCAAUGCUGUAGUGAUUGUGUACCAUGUGCUGAUGGAGAAUAUUCCACAGAACAAGGUGCAGAGUGUAAACGCUGCAAAGACAAUGAGUAUUCAUCUCCAGAGAGAAAUGAAUGCUUAGAGAAAAAAAUGGACUUCCUGGGUUGGUCAGAUCCCUUCAUUAUCAUCUUGAGCUUUUUGGAAGCCUUAGGAAUUAUUCUAACAAUUGUGAUUGCAAUCCUGUUUGCAAUCCAUCGUGGCACUCCCGUUGUGAAGGCCGUGGGAGGCUACUUGUGCUUUCUAGAGCUCUUUUCAUUGCUGACAUGCUUCUGCCUCACGUUUAGCUUUCCGGGGAAGCCCAGUGCUGCCUCCUGCAUGAUUGGCAUGCCGCUCUUUGGUAUUGCCUUUUCUCUCUGCAUCUCCUGUAUCUUAGCAAACCUACUGCAGAUCUUAGUGGGCUUUAUGUUUGACUUGAAGACAAAGGCCUGGCUAAACAAGGUCAACCAACCAAUUGCCAUUGUUGCCCUCGUAUCUGGGAUCCAGCUAGCUCUGUGUGUGCCGUGGCUCUGCCUUUACCCUCCAUCUCCGAGAAGGAAGAGUUUAGAGAAGACCAUCCUGUUGCAGUGCCAUAAAGGCUCCACUGAAUUCUUCAUAGCCAUGUUGGCCUACAAUGCACUCCUGGCACUUAUUUGUUUCCUGUUUGCAUUUAAAGGGAAGCAGUUGCCAGAUUUGUAUAAAAAUGCAAGUUUAAUCACUGUAAGUAUGCUGCUUUAUUUGAUCAUUUGGAUGCUCUUCAUUCCGAUCUACAUCAAUUUGUUUGGAGCAUACAAACAAGCCAUUGAGAGUGCUGCCAUUCUAAUUUCUAGCUACAGCAUCCUAUGUUGUCACUUGGCACCAAAGUGUUACAUUAUGGUGUUUAAAAAGGAAAUCAAUGAUGAGAAAGUCAUUGUUGAGUAUAUCAGGAAGCAUUAUGAGGCAAAAGGAAUCUCUGUGGUUAAAUGA